AUGGCAGAUGAAUUGUUCGAUGCUAAAUCCGCGGAUGGAUCAUUCAAUCUGGUGAAUCCUUCACCGUGCCCGCUUAAAGCAGAGGGAGCCUCAAGCUUCAAUCAGCUCCUUCAGGAUCACGGCAUCAGCCAGGAGCUCACGGAUCGGCUGCUCGCCGACGGUUGGGAUGCGAAAUCUUUUCGCCAUGUUGUCUGCCAGGAAUCUGAGCUUGCGGGGGUCCUCCCUGAGAUGUUCCCGGACACUGAAGUGUCCUUGAUGCAGCGUGCCAAGCUGCGAGCCGUCUGGUCGUCGCUGCAGCGACGCGGUAGUAACGAUCCUGCUCCUGCAGAACCGCUGGGAUCCCCGGCCAAGCAAGGCUCGGGAUGGUCGGAAGCCUUCGCCCCCAAGCUUGAUGCAACGCGGGUGGCCACGCUCAAAAAACGUUUCUUGGAAGCCUUCCCAUCCGAAAUCUUGACGGCUAUGAAUACCCCCUCGCUCCGCCUCUUGAGCACUGCUGUCGACGCCGAGGUUAAGAAGAACUGGUCUUGGAUCCCGUGGAAGAGUCGCAUGACACAACAGAUGUAUGAGGAUUCCCUCAUGCAGAAGCCCGCAAAAAGGGCCAGGAUUGAGACCCUUCAGCUUUCGGACCUGUUGCUUGAUGAACCGCCACAGAUUGAUAUCAAUGAUUCCACCAUGGGGAUUUCAAUGAUCCGUAGGCUGUUGGAGGUGCAUGACAAUGCCCUCGCUCUUGCAGGCACCGCGCAUCUUGCGCGCCUCAAAGCUUACACCUCUAAGUUCUUGAGCCUGGUUUCGCAAAAAUUCCCGCCUGAAACAAACCUUCGGCCCCCCUCUGUGCUGGAAGCUCAGCAGGCGGACAAACACUUGUGGUCGUGCAUCUUUCAGCUUGUGAUCGAGAAAGAAUGGCAGGUGAAUGAUGCGAUCUACGAGUUCACGGAGAUCCGUGGCGAUAUGUCGUCAUGGCUGCAGCCCCGCGCCAAAGCUGCCUCUGCAGGCAGUCGUAGGCCGUAUACACCGGGCGGCCGUGACAACCGCCCGCCCACCCCACCGCCAGGUCGUGGCAAUGGCAAGGGCAAGGGGAAAGCCAAGAGCCCCACCAAGCAAGGCACCCAGCCUAGGGGCGUUCCGUGGGUUCGCGAGUACAAGGAGGGCGGCCAGGUGAAAAAAUUGUGCAUUGGGUGGCAGAUCGGGAAAUGCCAGCGUGGCAACUCCUGCGAGUUCACGCACGGCUGUGUUGCCGGGUCCAUCCACAGCUGGGGGGAGCUGCCUGCUCCCCCGCCACUGCCACCGCCGAUUCCACCAUCGCAACAGCAAGCCCCCCGGGGCUCGCAAGUUUUGGACUUCAGCUUUCCGCCACUGCCGCCACAACCCCUCUCUGCCGAUUGUACAGUUUCUGUGUCACCGCCUCAGGAGGCCGUACCCUCCGUGCAUCAUACUGGUUCAGUGCCUUCGGGGGACGUUGCCCCCUCCACAUGCACUUCAAGCACUCCCAUUGCGCCGAUUCCGCCCGCCAGCGGUACCGCCCCUUUGGGUCACGCACUUGAAUUUUCCAAUUUCUGUGGGCCGGCCUUGGCAGGCCUCUUCGAUUGCAUUUUGUGCUCAUUGCGGGAAGCCCCUUGGCCCCAACAGGUUCGCCGUGCUCACAUCAUUUCCGGUGCCUCUUCUGCUUCAGGCUAUUUUAAUUUCGGGGUUCAGCUUUCUAGGCGUUCUUCACUUACUCACGUCACCAUCGCCCUGCCUGAGCUUUGCAGGGACCUGAAUGCCCUAUUCAGGUUCCUCUUUCCAAACGAGCACUGGAACGCUUUGUGUGUCUCGCGCAAUGGCCUCAGUGCGCUGCAUUCCGACUCAGCGAACAUUCCUGGCUCACGCAAUUUGUCACUCUCGCUGGGCGCCUUCUCGGGUGGCCAUCUGUGGAUUGAGGACCUCUCCUGCCUCUCGCAAGGCCAGCCGACAUCAGUUGCAUCUGGCUCGGGCUGGCUGCAUGGCUGUGCUAUCGACACACAUCGCAAAGCCAUUAGCUUCGAUGGCCGCAUUAGACACAUGACACUUCCUUUCUCAGGAGAGCGUUGGGCCCUCACAGCCUUUUCCCUUCCUGACGUGUGUUGUGCCGAACUUGAGUUUCUGGGUUUCCCACUGCCGUCUCCCCUCUUGGGUUCUAGUCCUGCCCCUAGUCCCUCUGCCUCCCCCACCUCGCCCGCGGGGCUCGAGGAAGCAGACAUCACUUCAUCGCACUUAUUAGCAGGGACGCACAUUCAGGAGGAGUUUCCAUCCAGUGGCAACCCUGGGUCAGCCUCCGAGGCGUCCGCAGAUGUUCCUCCUGCGCAACAUCUCCCUUCAGCACAGCCAAUGCCCGGAGUACCGGAAGCCGUCUCGACUACUAAGCAGCACGAACCUCAGUCGUGCAGGGAACAUACAGUCCAUUCCAAUUCGGCAUCGUCUAAGCUGCCACUGGGAUGCAAACUGUGGGGAAAACGCUCCACGUCAGGUUUGUUUCUCUCCCACAAGCUUAGGGUUGCACGCCCCUUGUCACCACCGGAGGGCGCUUGGCGAGCUGAUACUUGCAUUUCUUCCCUCCCGGCGCGUCUUUUUCUCGAGAUCACAUGGAACAAUCACUCGCACCAUCAACUUAGCAUGGCUGUCCGUGCUUCAGGUGGAAACUCCCUCACCCUAAGCCCCAGCCUUGACCCGACCCUGGAUGUCCUUUGCCCAGACCUCCUCGAGCAGGUCCUCUUCCUUUGCGGCUCGGGAGCGGUCGCGUAUCUUGCAGCAUCGCCACUAGCCGAGUCAGCAGACUCGCCUGACGACGUGGGUUCCUCCUCGUGGCUGCUUUCGGCAAUGCACGAGCAAACGGCGGCGGCAAAGGUUUCCCGUUGCACCUGGCUCCUCAGCAUUGUACACACUGCAGGGGGUCAGGGGCAUUUGGAAUUGCCCCCCACUUCUUCUUACUGGUCGUCUGAGCGGCCCCAGGCCUGGCUGCAUCAGGGUAACUGUGCUCUGAUCUUGAUACCCCCAUUACUGUACUCAGACUCAGCUAUUCCGUGCCAGCCCCAGCUUUUGGCUGCUUCUUACCGCCCGCUUUCCGCCCUGGCGGUCAGCUCGCCCGCCUUCGCUCCCCCGCAAUGCGCAAGUGCAUUUGCAUCUUCGUUUGCCACGAUCGCUGCCCCUCUGCUCCCGGCAGAGGGCCGCGAGCUAUCCCUGCAGUCAGUCAUCAAGUCUAUCCCACGCAAAGGCCUUUUCGCAGGCCCACAUGCACUUCAUGAUGGUGCUGGAAAACGCUCCAUUGCCGAUUGGAGCAGCCCUGCAAGCCAUGAUGCAUUUCGGGGAUUACGCAAAGCCCUGCUGCAAUUCUGCAUCUCAGCUCGAGCCGACAAACGCUUGCUUGCUCGCGGUUCCUGCCCGUCGAAUGAACCGCUUUUCAGCUCUUCCGAAGUGUCCGCAGCCAGGGAUCUGGUGUUUCCUUCGCUGGGUAUGCAGACCCCGGAUAACGCUUGGUAUGUGCAUCCAUACCAACCCAUGUGCUUGCACGCGUUUGAAGCCCUGGCACAACAUUGUGGCGAUCAGGACAUUCAUUUGUUUCCGCAUUUGCGUAUGGGUGUGCCAACCGGGUACUUGAAUGACAUCCCCCCUUCCAACUGUUUCUGGCCUCCCAAAGGCCAAUCAGGGGAGCUGAUUCCAUUGGCGCUCAAUCUUGAAAACUGGAAGUCGGCCGAUGUGGCUCCUGAGGUCACUUCGCGCUUGCUCCAAGAGGAGUUGGACGCGGGAUACUGCUUUAAGUUUGAAGGCACACUUGAGGAGGCGAAAAGUAGAUGGCCCGUUGGCCUAGCACUGGGAAAAUUGGGGGUUGUUAGGGCUCCGGGGAGGGCCGAACGACUCGUGUUGGACAACAGCGUAGCUGGGACCAAUUCUCAGUGCACAGUGCCGGAACGUCAAUGUUUCCCGAGCAUACACGAUGUUUCGCAUUCUUUCCCGAUUCGCGAGACUUCCGACCGCCAGAUGGCCAUUUGCAUUGAUGUCAAGCAGGCGCGCAAGCGCUGCCGCAUCCGCGACUCCGAGCAGGGCCUGCUCGGCUUCACUUGGCACAACGCGCUAUACUUUUUUCGCUGCUGCCCAUUCGGAGCAGUUUUCUCACAGCAUUGGUGGGGUCGCGUGGGAGGGUGCACUUUGCGCCUGUUACAUACCCUGCUGUUCCUGGCCCAUGUGGGCCUCCUUUUCGUGGACGACUUCAUUUUCAGCCAAGCGGCCAGCCUCAUGCCGCUCUCGGGAGCUGUGAUAUGCCUCUUUCUUCAGAUCCUGGGUGUUCCAGUCAGUUGGAAAAAAUUACAAAUUUCUUGCCGGGUCGAUUGGAUUGGAUGGCGGUUGUGCUUCUCUUCGGGUACGGUUAGUCUCAGGGAAGAAAAACGCUUGCGGCUCCUUGAACAAGUGCGUUCCCUUCUGAGGGGCGGGGGCCGUAUCUCUACCAAGGAACUGGAAUCCUUUCUGGGCCUUGCCAUGUGGGCCUGUGCACUCUUCCCCACUAUGCGUGCCAUGAUGCACCCUUUCUACAAAGACCUUUGGUCUCCGGCUGCCACUAAUUUCAGCAUUGCUCCGGAAUCGUGGCAUAGCAUCUGUAAUUUCCUUGAUUCUUCACUCAGGUUUAAGGCCUCACCUCCUCACACUGCCAUCCCCGCGGGCGCUAAGCUCCUCUCGGCUCGUCAUGUGCCUUUCACAACCCUUGCAGACUUGUCCAAAGUCGCCGUGACGCACAAAAGAUUGUGGCUCCGAGUUGAAUGCCUUAGCAGCUCGAGGCGGAAACUCUCCUGUGCCUCCAUCCGCUCGUUGCAGGCCUUCGAGCGUUGGUUGCAACACGUGGCACCACUCGCCAGCAUGCGCCCAUCUCAGGUUGCAGACGUUGAGGCCUUUGCCGAUGCAUCGGCGUCCGGCCCAUCUUGCAGUUUGGGGGGUUUUGUUUCUUGUCCGGUUCUAGGCCAAGUUUGGUUCACUGAAACCUUUUCAGUCCAGGAAUUUGAAGCAGCAGGCAUUCCUUUCGGCAAUGACCUGGCUAAGGAGAUAGCCAGUUGUGAAGCCCUGGCUCAGGCGGGGCUGAUUCUUGCUCUCUCUAGGCUGGCUCCUUGCGGCAGGGUUCCUUUACGCCUCCCGUCCCUCUGCGAUAACUCAGGGGCGGAGGCAGGUUUGAAUAAGAUGUUUUCAACCAAGUUUCCCCUAGGCCUCGUUCUUGAACACAUCGCCCUCCUGGCAGCCAUGCAUCGCAUCUCUAUCGAUGUGUCUCAUGUCCCAGGUGCCAAGAACUGCAAAGCCGACGCACUUAGCCGGCCGGCUGAGUACCCCACACCUCCAGACUGCCUUCCAUGCCAGCGCAUACGCUUUGGGCUCUCUGCUCUCUGGGAGCCUUGUCCUGAGGUGCAGAUUUUCCCUUCCAGCUUCACCCUUCCUUGGCUUCGCUGA